AUGGUUGCCUACAUUUCCAAGAAGAGAAAGUUAGUCGCUGACGGUGUUUUCUACGCUGAAUUAAACGAAUUCUUCACCAGAGAAUUAGCUGAAGAAGGUUACUCCGGUGUCGAAGUCAGAGUUACUCCAACCAAGACUGAAAUUAUCAUCAGAGCUACCAGAACCCAAGAAGUCUUAGGUGAAAACGGUAGAAGAAUCAACGAAUUGACUUUAUUAGUUCAAAAAAGAUUCAAGUUCAAGGCUGGUACCGUUGUCUUAUAUGCCGAAAGAGUUCAAGACCGUGGUUUAUCCGCUGUUGCCCAAGCUGAAUCCAUGAAGUUCAAGUUAUUAAACGGUUUAGCUAUCAGAAGAGCUGCUUACGGUGUUAUUAGAUACGUUAUGGAAUCUGGUGCCAAGGGUUGUGAAGUUGUUAUCUCCGGUAAGUUAAGAGCUGCCAGAGCUAAGGCUAUGAAAUACGCUGACGGUUUCUUGAUCCACUCCGGUCAACCAGUCAACGACUUCAUUGAUGUUGCUACCAGACACGUCUUAAUGAGACAAGGUGUUUUAGGUAUCAGAAUUAAGAUCAUGAGAGACCCAUCUAAAUCUAAGGUUGGUCCAAGAGCCUUACCAGAUGCUGUCAACAUUGUUGAACCAAAGGAAGAAGAAAAAAUUUUGGUUGCUUCCGUCAACGACUACAGACCAGCUGAAGAACAAGAAGAAGUUGCUGCUUCUGCUUAA